CGCGCUCCCCUUCUGGGCUCGUCUCUUUAAACGGUUCAACCGACAGAGCUGCAGCUGCAUGAGGAACCGACCUCAGCUCCAAUGACACCGACGGUGAACAAGUCUCAGGAAAAGGCUCUGAUGAAUAUACACCUUCAGCCUGACGACCUCCAGCUAAAGAAUGGCAUCAAAGAUAAAAGUCCAGAAUGCCAAAAAAGUUCUGAGACAGAGGAGGAACCUUUGCUCCAGGAGAACUCCAAACGGUUUGUCAUCUUCCCCAUCCAGUACCCUGAAAUCUGGAAGAUGUACAAGCAGGCACAGGCGUCUUUCUGGACGGUGGAGGAGGUCGAUCUAUCCAAAGACCUGCCGCACUGGGACCGGUUGAAACCAGAAGAGAAACACUUCAUCUCUCACAUCCUCGCCUUCUUUGCUGCCAGUGAUGGCAUCGUCAAUGAGAACCUGGUGCAGAGGUUCAGUCAGGAGGUGCAGGUCCCUGAAGCUCGCUCCUUCUACAGCUUCCAGAUCCUCAUAGAGACUGUUCACUCGGAGAUGUACAGCAUGCUCAUCAACACCUACAUUAGGGACCUUAAGGAAAGGGACCACUUGUUAAAUGCCAUUCAGACCAUGCCGUGUGUGAAACGAAAAGCAGACUGGGCCAUACAGUGGAUAAACGACAGCAACUCCACAUUUGGUGAGCGAAUUGUGGCUUUUGCUGCUGUGGAGGGAAUCUUCUUCUCCGGUUCAUUCGCUGCCAUCUUUUGGCUGAAGAAGAGAGGCUUAAUGCCCGGGCUUACCUUCUCCAAUGAGCUGAUUAGCAGGGAUGAGGGGCUGCACUGCAGCUUUGCCUGCCUGCUGUACAGCUACCUGCAGAAAAAGCCAUCAGAGGACAGAGUGAAGGACAUCAUCACCAAGGCUGUUAGCAUUGAGCAGGAGUUCUUGACAGAGGCCUUGCCAGUGGAUCUCAUUGGAAUCAACGGUUGUCUGAUGAAACAGUACAUUGAGUUUGUGGCUGACCGGCUGCUCGCUGACCUCGGACUUGAUAAGGUUUACCAAGCGGAAAAUCCAUUCGACUUCAUGGAGGCCAUUUCGCUGGAGGGGAAAACCAACUUCUUUGAGAAACGAGUGGCUGAGUAUCAGAGAUUUGGAGUCAUGUCGAGCAUGAAGGACUGUGAAUUCACACUGGAUGCAGACUUCUGAAACUGAGUUGUUACAUACAUAUCACCUUUGACCUAUUAUUUAUUUGUUUUAUGCAGUAAAGAAAUUAAAGAAACCGAUAAAGCAUACAUUUUUAAAGGGAUUGAGAAUUACACCUUGGGAUACUUAGCAGCCGAUACAGUCAACAAAGUGGAAUAUGGUGAUGCCCUAUCAAUGAAUGUUUUUUUACCUUGGCACAGUUGAGGUUAGGUCAAAUAUAAAUAAUGAGUUAGGUUAAUUUCAAACCUCACUUGAUGCUGGAGGAUGGUAAAUAUGUAGAUUAUAUUGUAUGGAGUUUAAAGAUCGGGGGUUUUGGCUUCUAUGGUGAAAUGUCUUAUCGUUUUUUAAUGAUCAAUAAAAUGUUUUCUAAAAUGAAA